AUGUGGGUUCGAGGCGGAAGGCGUCUCGUGGGACAGCACAAAAAUUCGAUCGCUGUUUUUAAAUUGAAACGGAACUAUUCGGACAAGUGCGACCAAGGGAGGAAGGGAGUCGUUUUAGGCGUCUACACCGAUUGUAAUGGAAAGCCGACUUUGACUAAGGCCGGUUGCAAAUUUAAUGAAAGAUGUGGCGGGAAAAUCGAAGAAAUGAUGAAAGAAGCGUCGCCCAUUCUAUCAGGCAUGACCAUGGCCAUAAAUAACGUUGACCCCGAAUUCUGGGGCGUUUGUCUUGCUGGAAUCGGUCGUGAAAAUAUGGGCUAUAAUGAAAUUGAGAACUUGGACGUCGGCCGAGAACAAGUGCGUAUAGCUGCAGCAGCCGGGGCCGUGCGAUUGCGCAAAGAAGGAAUACAGACGAUUUUUAUCGAAGAUAUGGACAACUAUGCGGAAGCAGCAGCUGAAGGCGCUGUAUUAGCCUGCUGGAGGUUCCAAGAAAACAUGCACAAAAAUAACUGGCGACCAACUCCAAAUUUGGAGUUGUACGAUUCUCAAGAUACGUGUGGAUGGACAAGAGGAGUAUUUAAGGCAGAGGCACAGAAUUUAGCAAGAAAAUUGUGCGACAUGCCAGCCAAUCAACUCAAUCCAACCUCAUUUGCACAGGCUGCAGUUGACGCCUUAUGUCCAUGCGGUGUGAACGUGGAGGUGCACGACAAGGAUUGGAUCGAAGAUCAGGAUCUGAACACACUGCUGAUGGUGGCCAAAGGUUCCUGUGAACCUCCUGUUGUGUUAGAGCUCAGCUAUUGCGGUGGUGGAAGUGAUAAACCGAUAUUGUUGGUUGGUUCCGGAGUAACAUUCGACUCUGGUGGUAUUCAUUUGAAGAAAUGUCACAAUAUGUCUAAAUACCGUGGAGCAAUGGCCGGAGCAGCAGUCGUCGUAGCUGCCAUGAGAGCUGCAGCUGCGAUGAGCAUACCUCUUAACAUUCAAGGUAUAAUUCCUCUCUGUGAGCAUUUGCCCAGUGGUCUGGCUAUGAAGCCAGGUGAUGUCGUCCAGGCUCAGAAUGGCGUCCACAUCAUGGUUCAGGAUUGCGACAAGGAGUGUCGUGUCAUGCUGGCUGAUGUUAUGCUAUACGCACUGAAACACCACAAGCCGUCCUUGAUGGUGGAUGUUACGUGUUUGAGUGACAGUGUGCGGCAUGUAUUUGGUGCAGGAGCGAGCGGUUGUUGGGCCAAUUCAAAGGCUAUGUGGACGCAUAUUAAGAAAGCUGGAGCUUAUACAGGUGACAGAGUGUGGAGAAUGCCUUUAUGGAAGUUCUACACCAAGGAAAUUGUUCAUCAAAGCUCCGUAGAUAUCACAAAUCAUACAAGAUUCCAUGGUGACAGCUGUACAGGAGCUGCAUUCCUUCGAGAAUUCGUAAAAGAUGUGUGCUGGUUGCACUUGGAUGUAACAGGUGUUGCCUUCCCGAUAACUUCUCCAAAUCUACCCUACCUCCGCAUAGGUCGAAUGACUGGUAGACCAACAAGAACGAUCGUCCAACUUAUGGCCCAAUUGGCAUGCGAUAAAGCCAAGAAAUCUGAUUGCAAAGAAAAGUAA